AUGGUGAGGAAAGAAAUGCAAAAGCUGAACCAGAAGGAGUUUAUGGGAGUAUCUGAUAAAGUUCGACUAUUGAGGAAUGCACUUACUGAUAAACAAACUCAAAUGAGAAAUGCUUCAGUUCCACAGAAUAAGCUUGAUGAAGAGAAACAAUUGAGAUUAGAGCUAACAAAAUGGAGCUUGAUUGAAACAAAGAAUGGUAUUGUCCUUAGAGAACCAACAACAAUCACCAAGCAAGUUGUGGGAUUCUACAAGAAGCUAAUAGGACAAACCACCAUACAUAUGAGAGCUGCAAAACCAGAGGUAAUGAAAGCAGGACAUGUCCUUACAAGAGCACAACAAUUAGAGCUUAUAAAAUCAUUUACCGAUAUAGAGGUUAAACAAGCACUCAAGAGUAUUGGGGAUUCCAAAGAACCAGGGGAGGAUGGUUUCAAUUCUUAUUUUUUCAAACAAACCUGGCCAGUCACAGGGGAGGAGAUAACUGCAGCAGUACUUGAUUUCUUUCAGACAAGUGAAAUGUAUGCCCCUAUUAGUAGAACUUCUGUCAUACUUAUUCCUAAAGUCCAGCAUCCUAUAUCAAUCAAAGAGUACAUAUCAAUCUCUUGUUGCACUAGUAUAUAUAAGAUCAUUUCUAAAAUGCUUACUAACAGGCUUUAA